AUGGCCACCUCGUUGCGACGCCGAUUCCCGCCAGAGACACCGCCUGUCCCAGACGACGACGACGACGCGCCCGCCCGCGACGAGAGCCCGGCGGUGCAGCCGACGGCCCAUGUCCACGUUGUCGAGCACGUCACAAAGACACGCAAGCGCCGGACCACGCUCAUCUUCCUCCUCGGCAGCAUCUGCGGCCUCGUGGUCGCCGGCUUCUUCGCAAAGAACAAUGACCUCAUCGUCUUCCCCGAGCUCGGCGACCUCACUAUGGACAGCAUCUUCGACGUCCUGCCGGCCGGCCUCGUGCGCGACAUGCGGGAUCUCGUCCAAGGCGAGCGCCAAGUGACCGACUCGUACGACUCCUUCUCCGUUGGACUCAAGGCCCGCGCCGAGGGCCUGGAUGCCCACCACCCCAUGAUCAUGAUCCCCGGCGUCAUCUCCACCGGCCUCGAGUCGUGGGGAACGGCAAACAUCUCGAGGCAAUACUUCAGGAAGCGGCUUUGGGGCAGCUGGACCAUGAUGAGAGCUCUCGUCCUCGACAAGGAGACGUGGAAGAGGCACAUCAUGCUCGACAGACGCACCGGCCUCGAUCCGCCCAUGGUCAAGCUGCGCGCCGCCCAGGGCUUCGACGCCACCGACUUCUUCAUCACCGGCUACUGGAUCUGGAACAAGAUCUUUGAGAACUUGGCCACCAUUGGCUACGACCCCACAAACUCCUUCACGGCCGCCUACGAUUGGCGCCUGUCGUAUCCCAACCUCGAGGUGCGCGACCAGUACUUUUCCCGCCUCAAGUCCUACAUUGAGACAGCCAUCGCCUUUGACGGUAGGAAGGUGGUGCUGGCCUCGCACAGCAUGGGUAGCCAGGUUGUCUUUUACUUUUUCCACUGGGUCCAGUCGGAAAAGGGCGGCCGCGGCGGCGAGGACUGGGUGGACCGCCACGUCGACUCAUGGAUCAACAUCAGCGGCUGCAUGCUCGGGGCCGUCAAGGGCCUCACGGCCGUCCUGUCGGGCGAGAUGCGCGACACGGCCCAGCUCAACGCCUUUGCCAUAUACGGCCUAGAAAAGUUCCUGAGCAAGGAGGAGCGCGCCGACAUCUUCCGGGCCAUGCCGGGCAUCUCAUCCAUGCUCCCGCUCGGAGGCAACGCCGUCUGGGGAGACUUGGACUGGGCGCCAGACGACCAGCCCGGCCAGCCACUCUCGUACGGCUCUCUGCUCAACUUCAAGGUCGGCUCCAACUGGACGACUCCGGCCAAGAACCUGACCGUCGACGACUCCCUCGCCUAUCUCUUCGACACAACCGAGGGUUGGUACCAGAAGCAGAUAAAGGGCAGCUAUUCUCACGGCGUGGCGCAUACCGCGGCCGAGGUGGAGGCCAACGAACAAGACCCCAGGAAGUGGAUCAACCCGCUCGAGACGAAGCUUCCCAAAGCGCCGAACCUCAAGAUUUACUGCUUCUACGGCGUCGGCAAGCCCACAGAGCGGGCCUACUUCUACCGAGCCCCGGACCAGCCCGCGACGACCAACCUAAACAUCACCAUCGACACAGGCCUCACCGAAGGAACGGUUGAUCGGGGCGUGAUACUGGGCGAGGGAGACGGCACCGUCAACCUGCUGAGCACGGGCUACAUGUGCAACCGCGGAUGGCACAUGAAGCGGUACAACCCCGGGGGGUCCAAGAUUGUCGUGGUGGAGAUGCCCCAUGAGCCAGAACGCUUCAACCCGCGAGGCGGACCCAACACGGCCGACCACGUCGACAUUCUCGGCAGGCAGCACCUCAACGAGCUUGUGCUGAGGGUGGCGGCAGGCAAGGGCGACACGAUUACGGACUACGUGACGAGCAACAUCCGCGAGUAUGCGGCCAAGGUCAAGGUUUACGACGACGAGUAG